AUGACGACUCAGGAGUCAGAUCAGCUCUUCAACAUGGUCUCCAGAUUACAGGGCUCUCGGAUAGAUGAUCAGCGCUGCGCUGCCCCCAAUAUCCAGCUGGGGUCUCCCGCCCCUCCAAAGAAGUCUCAUUCUCGACCCAUAUCCCCUAAUAAGCCCCCGUCUGAAUCCGGAUCGCCCAGUAAAUCAUCCAGGAGAUCAGGAUCAUUCAGUCCCGCCUCUGAUGUUCAGAAGUCUAUUGAUCAGGACCACUUCUUUUCCCUGGUGCAUCACGCACAGCAAAACCGACUGGAUGACCAGCGCUGCUCAUUUGUGCCCUAUUUAAAGCCUUCCUCCUCUCCCAAUAACCCAGUGGCUAAACCCAGAGAUCCUGAGCAGUUUUUCAAUCUCCUGGCCAACUUUCAAAGCAGAGGAUUGGAUGACCAACGUGUGGCUCUCAGCGCACUGCCGGGAUUCCAGGCAUCCCACGUUGGAAGCAGGACAGAAAGAAAUCGAUCACCAACUCCUCAAAUCGUCCUGACCCCUGCGUCACCUGCUGCACCAAAAAAAGUUUGCCCCAGUCCUUCGUCUCCAUCUCUGAGCGUCUCUGAGGCGGACAGACCUCCUCCCAGAUCAACUACAUUCUGUUCGGUGGCAGACACAGACAGAGUGCUCUAUGAUGACCUGCAAGCACAGAUAUCGUUUCAGAUUUCCAUGCGCUUCCCUCCACAUCAGACACAUGGAGCAAAUAAUCAGCCGUACGUAUACCCCGAAGUCUUCCUCACAAUCGGACAGGCAGGAGAGACCAUGGUGCUUCCUCUGAGCCCUCGACCUGGCAGACCGAUGUCCCUCAGCGUGAACCCACCCAGAAACCACCGCUCCAGGUCUGCGUCUCCAAACAGGUCUCCUGGCAGACAGGGGCGCUCCAGACCCUCUUCUCCUCACCCGGGAGACACAGUGAGUCCAAUCGGCCCUUAUGAGGACUACUUCUCUCUGAUCCAAAGAGUGCACGGCGCUCAGCUGCAGCAGGCCGAUGGACGGGACAGAGCGACAGAGGCGAAAGAAAGCAAAGAGACCCGCAAGGGGAAAGGAAAGAGCAGCGCAAAGAAGGAGAAAAAAGAGGGAAGCAAAGACAAGAAAAAAUAG